GAGGGGUGGAACGGUGAGGGGCUGUGUACGUGAGCACCAAGACAGAUGGCUGAGUCUGCUGAAGUUUGUAAUGGUGCAUGAAAUGUGCCUCUGAUGACCUUUGGAGGUAGCUGAUUGUCCUCGUUGACCUGCUUCCUGAGAACUGGGCCAGAACCUAUUGACCUCCCCUCACUUGCCUCGUUUCUUCCCUCUUAUGUCUGCAGUAAGCCUCAGCUACUGGCACGAUCCUUCCAUCCAGCAUUGUAUAAGACUGUCUAAGGAGAAGAAGGCCUCCAGAAUUAACAGAGGAUAUUUUGCUCGAGUCUAUGGCGUCAGUCAGCUGAUAAGGGCAUUUCUGCAGAAGACAGAAUGUCAUUGUCAAAUUCUAAAUCUUGGGACUGGGAUGGAGACCACCUUCUGGAGAUUAAAGGACUUUUUGUCCAGUUUCUAGAAGCGGAAUCUCAUUCAGCUUUUCCAUCACCAAACUCCUCUGCUCAUGACGUGAAACCCCCAGAUUCAGGAGGAAGGGGAAAACUGCCUAAGAAACAAGGCCCACCACGACUGAAUGCUACCCUGGUAUCCACACCCGGAAAAAAAGAUGUCAAGCCCCGAACCACAGCUGUGUCUCUUAUUAACCCACCUGGACCGGAAAUGGAUGGGUCGGAGCACCUUCUUCUAAAUGUUAUCUCUGAUUCUUUACCCAGAUACACGCCCUAUAUACUGUCACCUGCCAAGAAGAUUGGAAUGGCGGCCAAAGACCUCUCAAAGAAAUAGGUGAUCCAGAGACGAGACCACUUAAUGAGACCUUUUGAGUUUUAGCGGGUUCAGAUAGAGAGAAAAGGUGAAUGUUUUAUUUACAAAUAAAUAUUUUUACAUUGCUGUAAGUCAUGGACCUCUUAAGAAAAAAGUUUCCUUAGUUUGGAAGACCAAACCUUAGAGUACCAGCAAUGGUUAAAAGGACAGCUCCAACAGAGGAGCAGAAGCCAUGUA